AUGUCCGAAUACACCUCCACCAAAUCCGGCUUCCAAAAGGCGAUGGAAUGGAGCCUAACUGGCCCGCCCUCUCAAACAAAAGCCUACGCCGAAGCUACUGUGGUACCAACAUUCUACCAUGUCAUGAAUGGCGAGCGGCUGGAGUACGACGCAUAUGUUAAAGGGAUUGAGGAGUGGCGAGGCAAGAUUUCUGAAUACAAACCAGUAGUGGAAGAAUUCCUCCGUGAUGGACAACAAAUUGCGGCGCGCAUGACAGGGACGAUUAAAAUUGAAGGAGUGGAGAGUUUCUUUGAGAGUUUUAUGUUUGGGGUUGUUGAUGGGGAGACGGGCAAGUUGCUGCGUGGCAAUGUCAUCGAAGAAGUUGGAAGAUUCACUCUGGUUGAGCGUGCUGCUGGGAGGUGA